CAUGAGCAUGAUGGAAUCUGAUCAUGUUUUUAUUUGAAAUACGAAUAUCUACCUAGGUAGCUUCCCUGCAUACAUCUAAAUCUUGCUCGCUCCUCCGCUUCACAACAAUCCAGAAAAUGGAGGACCAGAUUGUAUACAUUUUUCACAUCCUCUACACCAUCCUCAGUUGUCUUGCCAUGCCUCUCUUCUGGGUCGAGACACUCCUCUUCUGGAUGCUUGGCCUCCCUACGUCGACGAGUUUCCGCAUGUUUCGUCGAGCAGACACCGUUCCCGACUAUUACGCGACGGUGGCAUAUAGCUAUGCGUUGGUCACCAUCAUGCUCAUACCCUACUUCAUCUAUUUCGACCGUAGGGAUGGCCGAGGACCGCUUGGGAGGCUACUCCAUCCUCUGACGAGAGAAGCCAGCCCAUUCACAGAAUACUCGAUCAUGUUUGCCCGCGUUUGGCUGGCUGUGGCCUGGGUAAAUUUAGCGGUGGCUCAGUUCAUGACUGACUAUAAUCUGGUGUCGGUUUGUGCCAAAAUCUCGUGUGUGCUCUUCAUCCUCUGAUGGGGCCACAUUGCCCAGAGUCAAGAAACUACCAUCAUCGCGUGGGGGGGAAUAACAUGCCGGAAGCCCGCUGGAGCUCAAGCGCCACUCAGACUAAUCACCGCCGCACCAAUGUCAUCAUAGGGUCCUGAUGGCGUGACCAUCGCAUCAAGCAUC